AUGUUAAAGCACAGCCUGUUUUUGUUCACUUUUGGACUAACUUUAGCUGGAAAACCUUUUUGGAUAAAAGGAAUUUUAUUUUUAGGUGUAUCUGCUGAACAGAUAUCCAGACUUUCUACAUUAGAAAUAAUUAUUCCUCGAGGCCUGACAGGCAGAGAGAAGCAUCACCCAUUUUUUCAUGAGGAACAUUCCGAUGACAAUCUUUCUUACUCAGUUAAAACCAGGAAUGGAACAUAUCUGCUGAAGCUGAAGAAAAAUAAAAAGCUUGUUAGUGAAGACUUUGUGCUGUAUACAUAUGGGAAGAAUGGGAAACUGGAGGCAACACAAUUGAAAAAUGAGACACACUGUUAUUAUCACGGCACUGUUGAAGGAAUUGCUGACUCGGUUCUUGCUCUUAGCACGUGCGAUGGCCUUAGAGGAGUUCUCUACAUUGGUGGGCAAUGGUAUGGAAUGGAGCCACUCAACACAUCCGGCACGUUUGAGCAUGUGUUUUACCGGUUAGAAGAUAUGCAGCACAUCCCCUUCCAGUGUGGUGUGCUGAAUGACAACCUUCACCACGAGAAGAUGUUUGGGACGCAGUCUGUGAAAUACACAUUUUUAUCAAACAGUACCUCUAGCAGGGAAACACUUCUGAGGUUUUUGCUGAAGAACUCUGAUCCUGCUGCAGUGCAAAAGGAAACAGUUGAACUGAUUAAUUAUGUUGAUGGGAUGUAUAGAGCAUUAAACAUUCAGAUUGUUUUGGUUGGAUUAGAGAUCUGGACAGAUACAAACCACAUCUCUGUCACGGAUGGUUCAGCUGGAGAUGUACUGAGUAGGUUCGUUUCUUGGAGGCAGAAAGAUCUUCUUAAACGAUCACGAAAUGAUGUUGGCCAUCUCAUAAUAGGGAGAAGCUCUUAUGGGGGAUCCAUUGGGAUGGCUUUUGUGGGUACUGUCUGCUCACAAGUCCACGGAGGGUCAAUCAGCACUUUGAAUCAUAACAAUGUGUUACGUCAUGCUACAGUAGUUGCGCAUGAAUUGGGGCAUAAUCUUGGAAUGAAACAUGACGAUAAAAGGUGUCCUGCAUCCUAUAUUAUGUACAGCACAGACAAUGGAUCCAGGAAUUUCAGCACCUGCAGUGCUGAUGAUUUUGAGAACCUCAUUCUAAAUGGAGGAGGAAAUUGCCUUAGAAAUCCUCCCAAAACAAGUAAUGUUUACAAGGAACCUGUCUGUGGUAAUAAUGUGGUCGAUAGCAAUGAAGAAUGCGACUGUGGAAAACCACAGGAAUGCACCAACCCUUGCUGUGACGCUGCAACCUGCAAACUCACGCCUGGAUCGCAAUGCGCUCAAGGACUGUGCUGCACAAAUUGCAAGUUUAAAGUGGCGGGAGCAGAGUGCAGAUCGAAAAGGGAUUUCUGUGAUCUGCCUGAAUACUGCAACGGAAGCAACGCCUACUGCCCAGACGACGUUUAUAUCAUGAAUGGCUACCCCUGUGACAACACGAAGGCCUAUUGCUACUACGGAGUAUGCCAGAGUUUUGAUUCACAAUGUGAAUCUAUAUAUGGAAAAGGGGCACGAAAAGCACCUGACAUAUGCUUCGAAAAAGCGAAUAUCAAAGGAGAUCGGUUUGGAAACUGUGGAAUGAAAGGUGGCACGUACAAGAAAUGUGCUGUUCAGCACAGUCUGUGCGGCAAGCUCCAGUGCACAUCUGUUAGUCUUCAAAACCUUCCCGCUUGGAGUGUUGUCAAUAAUGCGUCUGGGGUUUUAUGCUGGUCUUCUGACUUUGACCUGGGAUCAGAUAUCCCUGAUCCUGCGCAAGUUCAUGACGGAACAGCCUGUGGAGAAAAGAAGGCCUGUGUUGAUUUUGAGUGUGUUGAUGCAAGUCAUCUGGGCUACAGCUGUGAUGUAAAGCAGAAGUGUAACGACAAUGGCGUGUGUAACAACAACGGGAACUGCCACUGCGAUCCCGGGUGGGCGCCACCGUUCUGUAACCGCUCAGGCUAUGGUGGCAGCGUUGACAGCGGUCCCCCUCAUAUAGAUACUUCACUUCGGGAUGGCCUACUUGUUUUUUUCCUCCUUGUGUUGCCAGUACUAUCUCUUACUGUAUUAGCAGUAAUUAAGCGUGAUGCAAUAAGAAGAAAGUUUUGCAGGAAAAGUAGAAGACAACACAGAAAUAACAAUGUGCAGCAACCAAAGCAAAAUAAUGGACCAAGUAAUAACACAAGAACCAAUCAGCCUGCCACACCAAGUCCUGACUUUUUUACCAUAUCACAUGCCCCUGGUCCAAGGCAGCCAGUACAAACCCAGCUCCCUGCAGUUUCUUCAGGACCUCAACGACCUGCAGUCCCACCUCGACCAGCUGUCUGA